CAUUUCAUUCAUUUUGUUUUAUGCAUUUUUUUGGUUAUUUUUAGAACCACAUAACUUUAUUUAAUUUAAUACCUCUUUGGGACAUAUGACAAAUAUUUUAUAUGUUCUAGUUAUACUAUAUUUAGUAUUAUUAUGUGUUUCCCCCUCCUCCUAAUCCUAAGCCCUUUUAGCUUUCUGGUCUUUAAGGUGGUUCAAUUCAAAGCAUAUUUUUAACAACCAAAUUUUUUAUGUAUGGGUAAAAAACCUUAAAUUGAAACUAAAUAUAUUCAAUAUGUUAAAUGUAAACAAAAAGCUAUACAAUGUUGUGUCUGCUGAGUCUUACCCUUCUGUGCAAGAGAUAAGAGCAUGUGCCUCAGUUCUCACAGUUAGCAUUUCUUUACAAUAUCUUUGCAUUUUGAGGAGGGAAGUACAUGAGACUCUUCCAAAAGGGUGAGAUUUGAAGACCAGAAUCUGGUGAAAGAAGAGAGCUUUUCCAAGACAUGGCUAUGUUUGAUCUCAAUGUUGACAUCAACCAUGAUGCUGAUGCUGGCUCAAGCUGUGCUCAAAAGGAGGCGAAACUGCAGAGUUUUCCAACUGAAAUCUCAGAUUCCAGAACCUCCAACUCCUCUGUGUGGAAUCCUGCAGAUGAAGAUUCCUCAAACAAUUCCUCUCCCUUGAUUUUUGACAUUCUGAAGAAAGAGAGGGGUGGCUCAGAGUUUGAUGCUGCCACUGAAGCCAACAAGGAGCAAAACAUGGCAGAGAAGGGAGAGAUUGUGACAAGGACCCUUUUCCCUGUGACUUCUUCUGAUAAAGGAGGAAGAGUACCUGAUUUGAAAUCUGGGUUGUGGGGGAAGACUCAAUUGUUGAACCUCUCCUUUCCUGAAUCUGAUGAACAAAAUGGACAGAGAAACUUACAGCAGAAGCUACCACAUGUGAGGAAAAAUAGGAGAGGACCAAGGUCUCGCAGUUCUCAAUACCGAGGUGUCACUUUCUACCGCAGGACUGGUAGAUGGGAGUCACAUAUUUGGGAUUGUGGGAAGCAGGUCUAUCUGGGUGGAUUUGACACUGCUCAAGCUGCUGCAAGAGCGUAUGAUAGGGCUGCUAUUAAGUUUCGUGGAGUAGAUGCUGAUAUAAACUUUAGUUUGAGAGAUUAUGAGGAGGAUUUGAAGCAGAUGAGAGGCUUGAGUAAGGAAGAGUUUGUGCUUGUUCUUCGUCGACAAAUCAAUGGAAUCUCGAGGAGAAGUGCAACAUACAGAAGUGCAUUAGCUCUUCAUAAAGGUGGUCAAGGAGAACCAAGUAUGGGACCAUUUAUUGGCAAGACAUUUUAUCCCAAGUCUUCCAUCAAGUAUGAUGAAGGAAAAGUGGAGACAAGUUUUAGACCUUUUUCCUCUAAGGAGCAAAUAAUUGCAAAUUCCAGUAUAGCAGCAGGCACUUGCCAUAAUCUUGAUUUGAGCCUGGGGAUUUCUCCAUCUUCUAAAAAGUUGAAGAAUUGUGAUUAUGGUGGAGAGUAUUCCUUUGGAUGUAUGGCUUGUAAGAUACCCCAGGAAAUAGGAUCAAUGGAGAAGAGCAUGGUGGAGAGAAUAAGAAGUGUUCCUCUGCAAAAAAUUUCGAACUUGGGUUCACAUCUUUGCAGCAGCAAUGGCAACAUAGGGUCAAGGGCUUUGCAAUCAAAUGCAGCAUCAUCAGGAUUCGUGUCUUCUUCUUCUGGCUGUAUCAUCAGCCACACUUCCAAUCACCACACAUAUUAAUUGUGCCAACAAUUGGCACUGCAGAAUCAUCAUUAACUCCCCAACCUUGUGGGGUCACAGUAGAUGAAAUGAAACCAUAAACAAAUCAUAUAUAUUACUAUCUGCUUCUUUCUGGAAGAUUUGAUGAGACAGAAUUAAUACAUCAUAACCACAUCUAUCCACACCAUGUAAUAUUCUAUUCAUUUCCUCAUUAUGAUUGUAUUUAAUAAUGUUGCCAAGCAUUGAUUGCAAUGCAAAACCAGUAACUUCUGUAUUCAUUAUUGUGAUUUAGUACUCUCUGUUGCCUUCUGUGAGAGAGGCAUGUUCUAGUGAGAGACCUUUCUUCAACUAUGUAAAUAUUUGUUUAUAAAAUGCAACUGCUUUGUCA